AAAAGCAAUACAUAAUCCAGCUGCUGCUAGCUCACGUGCUCUUAGGCUGUAUUAUAUUAGUUGCGUCAGGACAGUUCAGGUCCUUCAGGACAAAACCUCUCUCUUCUCUUUCUCAAGCACUAGCAGUCAAGCUAUCAAUUCAAUUCACAGUCCCCCCUCUCUCUCAAGAAUGUCUGCUUCAGUGAACUAUAGUAAGGAGAAUCCACAAGAUCCUUUUGUUAAAAAAGAACUCACCACAGAAGAUCAUAGUAGAAUUAUGGGACUGAUUGAAAGAGACCUACCUACAUCGUUCGUAAAAUUGGCCCAAGAAUUUUGCAUCCCAACAGGACAAAUAAGAACCAUAGAAUAUAAGUCAAACAGAAAUAAUGAUCCAUGGCAUGGUCUAAAUGAUGUCGUUGAUCAGUGGUUGAGAUGGAACACUGAUGCCUUUCAUGAUAAGGUUAAAGCUAAUGAAAGAUGGCUUUAUGAUGCUGUGAAAGAAAUUGAUGGUGCUCUUGCAACAAAAAUUGGCAAAAAGCUUGGGAUCUUGGAACCAAGAGAUGAUGGGCUCGCUCAAAAUGGUGAGAUUAGAAACAAUAGUCAUAAUAAUACAUUUAUAAGAGAAUGAAAAAUAUAUAUUCAACAAUCACUUGAUCUUAAUUAAGCCUGCAUGUUAUCCUGCAUAUUGUUCAUGAUGUACUCAUGCCUUGUUGCAGUACUAGGUACAGCUGCAAUAUAAUAGCCAGUAGAGCUGCAAAGUGUUGUAUG